AUGGAAGACUCUGAAUCCGUCGCCCCAGUGAAGCUACCACGAGUAGCGAUCACUUACUGCACGCAAUGCAAAUGGAUGCUACGAGCGGCCUACUUCGGCCAAGAACUAUUGUCAACUUUCGGCACCAGCAUCGGAGAGAUCGCUCUCAUCCCAGCCACUGGAGGCCUCUUUACCGUGCAUCUCACCCACAAGACCCAGGAAAGUGAUACUAGUCCGCAGGAAGUCUUGAUCUGGGAUCGCAAGGCAGAGGGAGGCUUUCCUGAGACCAAGAUUCUGAAGCAGCGGGUCAGGAACCAUAUUGAACCUGAGAAGAAUCUUGGGCAUUCUGAUACGCCGGCGAAGUUGGCUUCGAAGGACCAGUCGAGGGAUCAGGGCGAGCAGAAGGCUGCUGACGUGGAUGGGCAGGCAAGCAAGGGCGCGUCGACUACCGACCCUGCGAAGUGCGAGGACUGCGACGAGACGUUGAACUCGAGUUGGCGUUCGCAGGUUCGAUGUGCAACGAUCCUCACCCCAGGCAAGUCCAGUCAGGCCGUCAUUCAUGAGGAUAUACGGAUCAAGAAAGGCAAAGACGACUCUAGACAGGAAGCUCGACACACCACGAGAUGUACGAUUGGCGCAUGA